AUGUACGCCAAGGCUGUCCUCGCGGUUUUGCUCGGCUCCGGCCUGGUGUCGGCUCAGCUCAACACCCUUGCCGUCCGCGCCGGGCUCAAGUACUUCGGUACGGCCGUCGAUGAGCGCCACACAACUAACGAUGCCGCUUACAUGGCCAUCGUUAACAACACCAGCGAAUUCGGCUCUUUGGUACCUGAGAACGGACAAAAGUGGGCGUAUACGGAGCCUACUCAAAACACCUUUUCCUACACCUCGGGAGAUAUUGUCCCCAACAUUGCAAAGGCAAACGGUCAGAUCUUGAGAUGCCACACAUUGACAUGGCACUCUCAACUCCCAAACUGGGUCUCGAGCGGAUCAUGGACUGCGGCGACCCUGACCGCUGUCAUCAACACGCACAUCUCCAACGUCUUGAAGCACUACCUCGGCCAGUGCUACGCCUGGGACGUCGUCAACGAAGCUGCAGCCGACGACGGAAGCUGGCGCACCAGCGUCUUCUACACCGUGCUCGGCACCGAUUUCCUUCCCAUUUCCUUCCGAGCUGCCAAGGCUGCUGAUCCAAUCGCCAAGCUGUACUACAACGACUACAACCUGGAGUACAACGGCGCAAAGACUGACCGCGUCUACGAGGCCGUCACCAUUGUCCAGAACGCCAGCGCCCCUAUCGACGGCGUCGGCUUCCAGGGCCACCUCAUCGUCGGCUCCACCCCGGGCCGCAGCGCCCUCGCGACCGUCCUCCGCCGGUUCACCGCCCUCGGCCUCGAAGUCGCCUACACCGAGCUCGACAUCCGCCACUCCAGCCUGCCCGCCUCCAGCGCCGCCCUCGUCACCCAAGGCAACGACUACGCCAACGUCGUCGGCUCGUGCCUGGACGUCAUCGGCUGCAGGGGCGUCACCAUCUGGGGCUUCACCGACAAGUACAGCUGGAUCCCCGAGACCUUUAGCGGCGCCGGCGAUGCUCUCCUCUGGGACGCGAGCUUUAACAAGAAGCCUGCGUACACCUCCGUCGCCUCUGUCCUUGCUGCUGCUGCUGCUCCCACUGGUAGUAGCGUUCCGACUACGACGAGUCGCGCGACGACCCUGAUCACGACGACCACGUCCUCUGCCGCGACUUCGAGUACGGCCGCCUCUGGGACGGGGCAGGUUCGUUGGGGCCAGUGUGGUGGGAUUGGUUGGACCGGCCCGAGUACUUGCCAGUCGCCUUGGGUCUGUACGAAGUCGAAUGACUACUACUCUCAAUGUCUCUGA